AGACAAAAGCUUUCUCUCUCCAACUAUAUAUAUAUAUUCUGUAUCUAUAUAUUAAAACCACUUUAAAUCCCCUCUAUUCUCUUUCACCUGACCACUUUAUAUUGCUAUAUGUUCCUGUUUCCUUACAAAUAUUGUUCUACUAUUAAAACUGCUUUUGGGUCCUUCCUUUACUGUACCUAAGAUUAAGAAGAGCUCUGAACCGUUCAUUCUUUUUGGAACCAAAACAACUACUACUACUACUUUUCUGUUUUGAUCACUGAAGCUUCUUUAACUUAAGCCAAACCAAACCCACUUUUGGUUCCACUUCAAACCAACUCUGUGUGUUGUUUAUCUUCAAAUCAAACACUUUUUCCAACUACCUUCACUUCACUCGAAUCAGUGAAACUUGUCCCGAUCGUGAUUUCUCAGCAGCUCGAUCUUAAAGCCCACAAAUUUUGUUUUCAGAAAGCGUUUUUGGGUUGACUUGUACUCGAUUUGAUUUUUGUAUAUGAGAAGACAAGAGGGCAUUCUUCUUCCAUUUGAUUUGUAAAAUGUGUAGCCAACAGGGCGAUCCCAUGAUUAAAAACAAGCUUAAGAGACUCUGUUGCAAUUACGGGUGGUCUUAUGGUGUCUUUUGGAGAUUUAAUCAGCGAAAUUCCUUAUUGUUGACAAUGGAAGAUGCCUACUAUGAAAAACAAAUGGGGGCUGCAAUUGACGACAUGCUUCUGCAAGUCCACAUGCUGGGCGACGGAAUCAUUGGCCAAGCUGCUUUCACUAAGAAGAACCGAUGGAUGUUCUCGGAUGCUCACUGUGGAGGACAGAAUCCUGUAGGUUCUAAUGGGAUUCAAGAUGUAUUCCAGGAUGAUUCUGAAAUUCGUCGCCAAUUUUGCUCUGGAAUACAGACCAUUGCGGUAAUCUCUGUUGAACCACGAGGUGUAGUACAGUUUGGUUCUACCCAGAAGAUGCUGGAGAGUAUGGAAUUUGUGGAUCAAACAAAAAGACUAUUCCGGGAGAUGGAAAGCUGUGAUGGGCUUACACUGUCAGAAAAUGCACCUUCAUCGUCAACCAGUGAAGUUUAUAGUCCGUAUGGGUUGUUUACUUCGUCGGUAUCAUCAGGAAAUUCCAAUUUUGGCAAUAUGAAACCCAUGCAUGGUAUCAACUCUAAUUUUUUUAUGGGAACACCUUGUUCUUCUACAAAUCUUUCGCAGCCAGCCCUUUUCAGUUCCAACCACAUAAAGAUGUCCCCCCUCAUUAGGAACUCAUCCCAUCUUGGAAACCAAUUGCAAACGGUUCACACAGAUGCCCAAGUUAGAUUACCUAACAAGUCUGGUACACAGUUAGGACAACCAUUUUUUCAGUCGACCGCUUGCGUUAAUCACUCAGCUGUCCAAACCCCUUGUAUGAGUAGUGGAGAUUCUAUUCUAACGUCAUUCGAGCAAAAACUGCCAUCUGAAAUGGGGGUUCAGGGUUCUCAUGAUAUGUUUCCUGCUAAGCCAAAUGGUACUGCAUCCUGCAGAAAUACAUUUCAGAUAUCCCCGGACUCAACGUUCACUUCAUUACACAGCACAGGAGGAUUACUUGAUGUAGAGAAAACAUCUCAAUACAGCUCAGGAGAAUUGAUGAACCACCAGUGUUCUGCUAUGUUAUUCCAUGGAACCAAAAGUGGACUUGCUGAAAUAUCAACUAGCCCAUAUGCAUACCAAGACUUGUUCCCGGCAAGUGAUUUUAUGUCAGAUCUCUCUAAUUCAUGCCCACUGGACGAUUUUUCCCAGUUGUUUGUCCCCUCAAUAGAGCAGAGCAAUAACACAAUGGCUUCGGCACUAAACGACAACCUGUCACAAGAAGCGAGACUUGCCUCAGUUUUAUCUAAUUUGAACGGAGCUGAUGGUCUGAGCGAAAUUCCAAGCAACCAUCUAGCUAGUUCUGUGCAAAGUUCCAUUACAAGCACAUUUACUUCUGAUGGACAAGAGAAAUGUUCAAAUAUUUCUGGUAUUGAAAAUGACCUGUUUGAUAGUUUGGGUGUAGAUUUUGGGUGCGGACAGGCAGGGGAUCUUUUAGAUGACAUUCUAAUGCCAGUAAUGAGUGGUGGUCAAUUGGAUUUUACUGCUAGUACUUCAGGGUGCAUCUCAGAGCAACAUGUUGAUCACAAGGUCCCCCAGAAAGGGUUAUUCUCCAAAUUAGGAAUUGAACAGCUUUUGGUUGGUGUUCCUGGGAAUUCUAAUUCUGUUGCGAGAUCAAGUUUUGAGGAUGAACUAUCCUUCACAGCUAAAAGAAGAAGAAUAGGGAGCAGUGAUCAAGUGCAGUUUUCAGGGCUUUCAUGCUUUGGUGAGAACAAGAACUUAUUGCAGCCUGUAUGUAACAUGGACAGGAAAAACAAUUUUGAACCUAAGAAAGAGGUCAUCCUGAAAUCGGAGAUAGAGUCAUGGAUUCGUGACAGCUAUAGCAUGAAUGGUAGAAGCACUGUUGUAUCACAACCUAAAAGGGAAGAACCUGCAAAGGUGACCAAGAAGAAGGCCAAACCUGGGGCUCGACCAAGGCCUAGAGACCGCCAGCAAAUCCAAGACCGUAUCAAUGAGUUGAAAGAACUUAUUCCUAAUGGUGUAAAGAUGAGCAUUGAUUCCCUGCUAGCUCAAACCAUCAAACACAUGCUUUUUCUGCAAAGUGUCACAAAACAUGCUGACGAACUUAAACAAGCAGAUGAGCCGAAGAUGAUCGGCCAGGAGAAUAAAGUGGUUAUGAAAGUCAACUCCAGUGGUGGUGGUGGCAUUACGUGGGCAUAUGAAUUUGGUACUCAAACAAUGGUGUGUCCACUGGUGGUUGAAGACCUUAGUCCCGCCGGGAAAAUGCUUAUAGAGAUGCUUUGUGAAGAACAAGGAUUCUUUCUUGAGAUAGUAGAUAUUAUUAGAGGUUUUGGCUUGACGAUCUUAAAGGGAGUGAUGCAAGUUCGGGAAAAUAAGCUAUGGGCACGCUUUAUUGUUGAGCCUGAGGCAAGCAGGCAUGUAGCGAGAGUGGAGAUAUUUAUGGCCCUUGUUCAGCUUCUACAACCAACAGCCGCCAGUGAGAUCGAAGCUAGUGAUCAGCCUAGUAAUGUCAUCGAUGGAGGGACUACUCUGUUCAACAAUUAUCAUCAAACUGUGGUUCCACUUCCCAUCAGCUUGGCCGACACACUUUGCUGAUUGAGUUUAUAAUGGAGCUAGAAAUGCCUUGAGCGUGCAUUCACCUAUAGGGUGCCUGCCAUGAUUGGUAUUAGGAAAUCGAACCUGAAGGCCGGGCUACAACAAUAGAUGAAAAAUGAGGAUAGGAUGAGGAAAAUGGAAUGUCUACACUUGUUUAUAGCUAGGAAAUACUUCUAAAAGAAAGGCUUUUUGAGUUACUUUUGUAAAGAGUUCCCGGUGGAAAUGUUGAAUGAAGUAUUCUACAGGAGGACACGUCCAGUGCAAUAGGCAAACCCAUACAAUUGAUGGGGUCUGUGUUUGGUGAGAAUUAAGGGAACAGAAAUUGAGAAUAGUGGUGCUUUUAUUUC